AUGGACGGCGACGUCGCGUCCCUGGGCCAGUUUGUCUCUGAUAUGGGCAAUAACGAGUCGCGGGAAUCCGAGCAUGAGUAUAACGGGGAAGAGGAAGAAGAGGAGGAGGAGGAGGAGGACGUUGGGGGGGAGCGGGAGGACAGUGUAAGAGGUGACGAAGAUCACGAUCAUGUACCUGCAGGACUAGUCGUCGAUGAGCUGGAGGUUAUACAUUAUGCUGCGGCGGCCGAACAGUUGCUCGCAUCCAAUGCUGCCGCUGCGUCUGAGCCUCCCCCUCCUUCCCCUCCUCCUCCGGCGGUGUCGAGGAAGGCUAGGGGGAAUAAGAGCAUGCCUAGGGAGGAACUUCAAGUGUCUUCGCCAGCCCUGCCGAUUGUUUCCCAGCCUCCACAGGAGAUGUCGGUCGCUUCGGCGGUUGCUGCGGCUGCGGCGGCGUUGAAGGCUAGGAUGGCGAGAGCGGAGGAGACGGCUGCAGUGGUGGUUGCGGCUAGUCCGACUAUCCCACCAACGCAGAUGGAAGUGGAGCUCCCCGCAGCGGCGACGGAAGUCACAGAGAAAGGGAAGAAACGACGGAAGAAGAAACAGCGACAGACCAGCCAGGAGGAGGAGAGUGCGCAGGCGCUUCUAGCAUUGAAUAAGGGAGGAUUGGGAUCCGGAGGUGUCGAAAACGAGCACGCCGUCGUGGACGACGACGAGGAUGCGCCAACGGCGGUCGACUCGGUGACUCCAACGAAGAAGGGAAAGGCCAAGAGAAAGACAAGAUCGAAGAAGGCCACGGUCGAGGAGGUGACGGAGGAGGAUCAAGCGAAUCAGUCGUUACUCUCUCUGGAUGAGAGCUCGAGUGCUGACCACGACCUGACCGACGCCUUCACCAAUUCCAUGGUUGCUGCAGCCGGCAUACUACCUUCUUCUGAUCCUCCGAUUAUAAGUCUCAACGAAAAUGCAACCGCAGCUACUGCAACCGUGGACCAGACUGGACUACCCCAGCCGGACAUUCCGGACCAGCGGAUCCUCACGGAGCAUUUGGCUGCCCACAUGGCGAAGCUUCCACCACCACCACCACCAGAGGCUGAGGAGGAGGAUAUGAUGGUGGUCGAACAGCGACUCAUGACCGAGUUGCAGAGCAUCCACCCGCCUAUUCUAGGAGCUGAAGGCUUUACAGCUGUGAACCAGAACAGCGAGGGUGACCAUCAUCACCAGAUGCUGGGCGGUCCUAUCCCUAUCAACCAGAAGCCGGCUCGGGGGAAGCGCAAGCGCCAGGGUGAUGUUUCCAACGCGAUCACCAAUGAUAACGAAAACAUGCCCAUGAACGGACUGGUCGAUCCGCAGCUAAUGCAGCUCGACGAAGCCGCAGCUCAGAUCGCCGGAGAAGUUGGGGGAGAUCAGAGCAUGAAGUCCAAGAAGCGCCGCCGCGUACCGAAUCCGAAUAUUCCCGAAGCAGAAGAGAUCCCCAUCGACGAAUCCGAAGGGAAGCAGCAGCAGUCCGUAGUCCGCCGCGAACAGAAGAUGAGUUGGGGAACCACGCCAGUCUCUGGCAUGGGUGAGUCCAUUAACGGAGGCACUUUUUCACUCGAUGAGCGCUUCGCCAUCGAUAAGGCUCUUCAAGACUAUUGCCGGGUUCAGAGCAUGACGAUGGAGGAGCUCAAGGAUCGCGUGUGGGGUAAUAACCGCCGCAAAGAUGAGUUCUGGGAUUCCAUCUGCAGUGCUGUUCCGAACCGCAGUCGCGCCUCUGUCUACAAGCAUGUUCGACGAUCCUGCCACAUCUUCCAGCAGCGCGCCAAGUGGACUGCCGAGGAGGAUGCGGAAUUGGCGGAACUGGUCAAGUCCAAGGGCAACAAGUGGAAGGACAUAGGAGAAGCUAUGGGGAGGAUGGGCGAAGACUGUCGUGACCGUUACCGCAACUACGUCAAAUGUGGCGAUAGUCGUGGAACCGAUCGUUGGACCGAAGAGGAGGAGGAGUUGCUCAAGAGGACGGUUCGGGAGCACAAGGAGCAGAACAGACAGCUUAUCCUCCAGCAGGGCAAGCCGAAUCCUGCGCCAGAAGAGGAAGACAACAUCCUCAUCAACUGGACCACGGUUUCGGAGCAGAUGGAGAAUAGACGGUCGCGGAUUCAGUGCCGAUACAAGUGGAAGAAGAUGUUGGCCCAGAAGGAGAAGGUCAAGCAGGCCCCGAUUGGAGUUACGUAUGUGGGCGGAAAGAAGAAGCGUAUCAGUUUCGACAUCAAGGAUAUGCUGCCUGGUGAUGAGCAGUGGCUACUUUUCUUGAUUCGUGACUGCGGUGCUACCCAGGAGAAUGAGAUACCGUGGGACCAGUUCGCCAAAAACGAUAAGGACGUUGGAAUCUGGACCCACAAGGAUCUCAAGAGCGCCUACAAAGAGUUCCGCAAGCACAUACCGCACAAGCGGCGCCCGCUCCGCGAGAUCAUAAAGCAGCUCCUCAUAGAGAUCCAAGAGAAGUACACGGUCGAGCAACGCAGCAUACGUUUCAUCCCGAGCCAAAACGCCGACGGCCAGCCGAUCGACGCCGCCUCAAUCGCCUCGCACAACACCAUCAGCACGCACUCCCCCGCCGCGCCCCACGCCCAGCAGCCCCAACAACAACAACAACAACAACACCCGCCACCCCAGGAAUUCGUGCACCACCUGUACACGCUCACGCCGGACCCGUCGCUGCCCAUCGCGCCCAUCGCGAGCAUGGGCCCAAUCCCGAUGGCCGCGCAGCUCUCCGUGCAGCCGCCAGCACCCACUCCCAGCCACAACAACGCCGUCAACGCCGCCGCCGCUGCCGCUAGCAACGCCAUGGUCGACCCCGAGCUGAUGGGCCAGGGCAUGGACGAGGAGCUGCAAAAGAUGGCGGGCGAGGCGAUCGCGCACUCCACCGCUAUGCACGCGCACGCACACUCGCAGCAGGGCGAGGACGAGAACGAGCGCGAGCUGCGCACGCGCCUGGGUGGCUUCAUUGGUGGUAUUGGCGGUGGUGGCGCCGCCGGAAUGAUGCAUCAGGGUGCCGCUUAGGAGAACGCACCCCCACAAUUGCUGGCUGUUGAUUACCGCUACUAUCCCUAUCACUACGGCUACGCUUAUGGAUAUCCCUACGGAUAUCCUUACGGCUACGGAUAUGGAUAUGGAUACGACUACGACUAUCGCUGGCAGGCGUUGAUGUGAUGUGAGGAUGGUGAUUGGCAGCGCUUUUGGUGAAUAGUGUCUCUGUCUGUGUACGAUGGGGAGGGGAGGGGAGGGACGUCUGUGCUUUUCGCUUUUUGCGUCAUUCUGGGUUUUGGGUUGGAGUAGGUUGGGUUCGAGUGGUUUGGAUGGGUUUGGUGGUAACUCCUACAUCUACUACUUCUAGGUAGUUCACAUAGAUACAUAGUAGGCUUUUGUAGUAAAUCAAUCCAAUCACACCCAACUACC